CAUCCAUGUAUUAGGGUAAAAAACUUCCUUUUCAAUCCACUACAAAACGUCGCCGUUUACAGUGAAAUCAACACAAACAAAUUUGGGCCAUAUUCUAUUCUAUAUAUACACAUACUGUCUUUUGUAACUACAUAUAAACCCUAAUAAUUCACCCCUUUAUAUAAAAUCGUCAUAUUAUUAUUAUAUUAUUAUGCCCUCUAUGUCUACUACUGAAGAAAUAAUAAAAUCAGAUGUUUCGUCUUUAGAUGCUGAAUCUAUCAAACAACAAGCUAAUGAAGCUUUUAAAGCAAAGAAGUUUCAUCAAGCAAUUGAUUUGUAUUCAAAGGCGAUAGAAAUAAACGGCGAAAAUGCUGUGUAUUGGGCAAAUCGAGCUUUUUCGCAUACUAAAUUGGAAGAAUAUGGAAGUGCUAUUCAGGAUGCAUCUAAAGCUGUUGAGAUUGACCCUAAGUAUUCAAAGGGUUAUUAUCGACGUGGUGCUGCUUAUCUUGCGAUGGGAAAGUUCAAAGAAGCACUUAAAGAUUUCCAGCAGGUGAAGAGAAUAUGUCCGAAUGAUCCAGAUGCUUCAAAGAAAUUAAAGGAAUGCGAAAAAGCUGUUAUGAAGCUUAAGUUUGAAGAAGCAAUCUCCAUACCAACUUCAGAAAAACAGUCAGUAGCUGAGUCAAUCGACUUUCGAACUAUAGGGACGGGCACAGGCUCAUCGUACCCUUUCCCUCAGGUUACUGCUGCAGCUGUGGCAGUAGCACUAGUGGCUAUAUUGAUGCUGGUGGUGAGGCCUAUUGUGGCCAUUUUGGUGGCAUUUGCAGCACUGGCAAUGUAUUUGGUGGUCAAGAAGACUGCUUGGUGGGCUGGCUCUCAUGGUUUCUUAACCAAGAGUCAAAUACUGAACAUAGAUGUUGAGCCACAAUAUACCGGGGCAAGAAUAGAGGGGGAUGUUAUAACUAUAGACUUUGUGAAGAAAAUGAUGGAUGACUUCAAAAAUCAGAAAUGUUUACAUAAAAGGUAUGCCUUCCAAAUUGUUUUACAGACCAGGGAAAUCUUAAUGGCUUUGCCAUCUCUGGUUGAUGUGAAUGUUCCAAAUGGAAAGCACUUCACUGUUUGUGGUGACGUGCAUGGUCAGUUCUUUGAUCUUUUAAAUAUCUUUGAGCUCAAUGGUCUCCCCUCUGAAGAAAAUCCUUAUUUGUUUAACGGUGACUUUGUUGAUCGUGGAUCCUUUUCGGUAGAAGUUAUUCUCACAUUGUUUGCAUUCAAGUGUAUGUCUCCAUCAGCUAUACAUCUUGCUCGUGGGAAUCACGAGAGCAAAAGCAUGAACAAGAUUUAUGGGUUUGAGGGUGAGGUCAGAUCUAAGUUGAGUGAUAAGUUUGUGGAGCUCUUUGCCGAAGUUUUCUGCCAUUUACCUCUUGCUCAUGUUAUAAAUGAGAAAAUAUUUGUGGUUCAUGGUGGACUUUUUAGCAAUGACGGUGUGAAGCUCUCUGACAUUAGAGCAAUCGAUCGGUUUUGUGAACCCCCGGAAGAAGGGUUAAUGUGUGAGAUAUUAUGGAGUGAUCCACAACCUAAUCCUGGUAGAGGACCAAGCAAGCGUGGCGUGGGUCUCUCUUUUGGUGGAGAUGUUACCAAAAGGUUUUUAAAAGAAAAUAAUUUAGAAUUAGUUGUCCGAUCUCAUGAGGUCAAAGAUGAAGGCUAUGAAAUUGAGCAUGAUGGGAAACUUAUCACUGUUUUUUCAGCUCCAAACUACUGUGACCAGAUGGGAAAUAAGGGCGCUUUUAUUCGGUUUGAAGCCCCUACCAUGGAGCCCAAGAUUGUCACAUUUUCAGCUGUGCCACAUCCUGAUGUGAAGCCAAUGGCAUACGCCAGCAAUUUUCUCCGCAUGUUUAAUUAGUCUUUGUUGAAUGUCGCAUUUGGGUUCUACUUUUGCUGAAGAUGUUGAAGUCGGGUGUUUUCUCUAAUCUACAACUGCACAUAUCGCGUAAAAUCCCGAGACAUGUCCGCUGUUGCUUUUAUGCUCAGACUUAAUUUAUUUAUAGUUUUAUGUAACCAGAACUGGAAUCAGGGUGGCAUAAUUAUAGUCCCCUGUAAAAUGUAGUUGUCCUUUUGUUUUACUAUGUAUCUACCAUUUUCUACACAUUUUCUUAGAAAUAUGCUUUGUGUGCUUCUUCGUUUGAAUCUGAAGACACCAACUUAAUUGUGAAGAACAAUAAAGAAAUUAUGAAUUAUACCUCUCUGAAACA